CGGCGGAGCCCCGGGGAGGGCUUUGGGGGGCUCUGGAGCCCGGGCGGGAUCUCUGCCUCACAGCUGCGGCUGCUCAGGAGGCUUUUCCCCCCUCUUCUUUCUAUUUCGCUCAUUUCGAGACGUUCUGAAACUUCCUCGUGUACCUGAUGACUCCUUGAACGCGUUGAGUUGUGCUCCCUCCCUCUUUUAAUUAACAGCGCCGGGGUCCGGUGUCACAGAGGUGUAAUUAGGCUGAAAACACCCUCCCUAAGCGGGAUUUGAGGCUUAGGGGUUUGUCGGGCUGCGUCAAGGCUGUGGUGGUAGGGUUCAGCCUCGUGGAAAUCUGCUUUGUGGUCGGUGUCAGUCAGGAUGAUCUGUACGCAUAUCAUAUCCUCCUGUACGUACAGGAGGAAAUUAAGUCUGGUUCAGGAGCAUAUUCACCCGUUCGGGGGAAAUGGAGACGCACAGGGAUGUGCAGCAUUCACCAGCCUUGCUGGGGCUUGGUAGCAGUGUAGGAAAUCUAAGAAACACGUCAUCUGGUGUUUAGUAUUUUUAAGUAAGGAAGGUGGAAUUAAAGGUAAAACAUACCUCAAAAGAACUGUUUUCAGCUAUGUGCUUAGGUCUGUAUACUUCUGUUUCUGUGAAAUGCUUGCUUUCAUAGCUCUGUCUUGAAAUAAAGUGCUUGAAUAUACUUGGGCGAAACUUGUAAAGAUACCUUCGCUUUGGAAAUAAUCAGAAUUGUGUGUUUGUUGCAAUACUUUUGGGGUAACUUCUGAAAUUCUGUGUAUCUCACAGCCUUUCUCUUAACACAUGUGGAAUGGCACGUAGCAUAAACAGCAAGCAAAAUGUUAUUUGGACAUAAAGUAGUAGAAACAGAAUUCUAAAGGAAUGCCUACUGAGGUAUUACAUGAAGUGUUGACACGAAAGAGUUGCAAAUAUGUCAUUGCGUCCAAAUGUGUCAGAUUGCUGUGGUUUAGUAGUCUGCUUGUAUGAGUAAAUAGUACUGUUAUUUUUGGGAAAUAGGGCUUAAAACUAUAAACACUUGGAACCAGAUUUUAGACAGUCUCUAAUAUGGGAGGUUUGGGGCAUGGGUUAGAGCAGUGCUGAGGGGGCUGUGUCGAGUUCUAGGCUCACAUUUCACAGAUGUGAUAUGAAGUCCAGUGUGACAAAAGGCAGACCAGGGGUAUAUGUUUCUUCUCAUCAAUAAAGAAAAGCAAUUUAAGAGCCAAAGUGACUUGCCCAGGGUUGCUCUGGUGCUCUCUGGCUGAAUCAGGAUGGGUCCUCCAUCUCCCAAGUCCCAGCUCUGUGCCCUAAUCACAGAGUGGGUCAGGGCUGGAUGGCUGCUGAGUAAUUCUGCCCAGAGAAAAAUCUUUGACCCCCAUUUAUUGGAAGACCUUUGCAGACAGAGAGAAGCUGCGGAGUCCUUCCAAAUUCAGCAUGAUUUCAUUUGUGUGCAAACAGUUGAAAAGGCUGGCUCCUGUUUAUGCGAGAACUUUCACAUCUAUAAAUCUGAUUUCUAGACGUCUGGCACUUGCUUGCAAAUCAACUUUAUUCUCAGUGUCUGCAGAUACAGGCUAUUAAGAAAAAGCGGUCAUUUAGUAAGAAAAUUACCUAUUGAUUUUUAUUGCUGUCUGAGUCCUACAGUUGUUUAAUGUCAAAGUGGUGGUUGGUGACCAAGAUUUGUUUUUCUAUGACUUUUUUCUGAUUGAUUUUUUUUUUAAAUUGUUAUUCUCACUUUUAACCUUCUGUUGAACUUUGUUUAUGCAUGUGAUGAAAAUUCAUCUCAAGGGACAAGAAAGAUAUAUUUCAGGCGUUUUAUGAGGUUUUUGGUUGUUCUCCCUUCCUUCUCUUCUCUUACCCUGUGUUCCAUCAUGGAGAGGAUUUAGAGCACAACAGAGUUUUCUGUUCCUCUUGGCAGGUAUGUUUACUUUCUCCCUGUACUCCAUAUGUUUUAUUUUGGUUUGAAAACUACUGCAGUGUGCACUAUGAAGCAAGGACUUGCCUUUAAUGCGCUGCUAAUGAGUGCAGCGGCAGUCUCAGCAUAUGUGCCCAUACAGCAGGUGCAGAAGUGGGACUUAUGGCUUGUUGUGCCUCUGGCUGAUGUGCAUCUGGGUGAGGGAAAGACAGAUGGAAGAAUGAAAGUUUUGUAAAGGAGGAGAUGAAACAGAUCAAGUAAAUACUGAGAGUAAAACAGAAAUUCCAAUCACACAGGCAUCGGUGUUUUUUCCCAAGGUUAUUGUUAAAGGUUAGCAAAUUGUUCAGGUCUGACGCCAGCAAGGAAACAGGAAGAAAGAAAGGCUUUGUUCUCCCCAACUAUUUCUUCUAUCCUGCUGUAGUGUUGUUUUUUUUCUCAAGUCCCAGCUCAUGUAUUAAUGGUUAAACAUAUGUAUCCAGUUAGUGGAUCUACUGGGAAGCCAAGAUUAAUGCAACAACAUAAAAUACUCUUAAUUAUCAAAGUAAAAAAUGGUGUUGUAAAGCUGACGUUGCUUCCUUUUUCAUGUCACUCUUUUUCUUUCAGUUUUGCCUCACCGUACAGUUUGCCCCACCCUCCUGCACUGGGACAUUCCUAUAUUGCUCAAUGUCCUACUGCUGGUGGCUGAGGGCCUUGGCCCUGCUUUGUAAUUCACCACCGGCACGUAUUUACUUGGUUAUGCUGCUUCAUAUUACUUACGUACUGCCUCUGAGCACCAGGAAGGAAUGGUGUGGGUGAAGAUGAAAGGAGGUUCUCAAUGUGAGCUAUUCUGUUGUUUUCCUCUAUAGAAACUGCCAGCAUCGGUGUAUUUCUCUGAAGCAUUGUUGGGCUGAACUGGUGAAUGCUGGCUGUUUGAGACCGCUGCUGCUGUGUAGCUGUGAUCCAUCUGGUGAUCUGGCUAGUGACCAACUGGAAAGAUGGCAACAGCCAUUUCUCACCAAAUGUGUGGAAGUUGAGGGAACUGUUGUGGAAAAACUCUGUGAAUGCACAUAGCUGAAGGAAAUGGGAAAGACUUGAGGCAGCGUCUCAUUUGGAUUUUCUUUAAACGCUUUAAAUUAGAAGAGCAUGAAUUAGUGCUUUCUUAGUAGGUUGUUUUUUUCUUUCUAUAUAUAACUUGUAUGGAGCUCUGUAUGCAAGAAAGCACACCUAGAAAUACAUAGUAGGUGCUGCAAAAUGGCUUUUCAUUAGCUUAAAACCGCUUAUUGUUUUCCUUCUGGUUGUCAAAACAUGUUUUGCUUUUAACAUUGCCUUCAUAAACAAUGGUGGUAUUAUAUUGUUAAUGAAUUGAACUGAUUCUUUCUGCUUACCACAUCCCCUCGGAAGGUCAUGCUCAGCGUGACCGGAGCGCUUCUCCUGGGGCUCAUUCUCACUUUUGGGUGACUUGCCUCUCAUGGCGUAUCCCACCAUUCUCCAAACCCUUUUGUAGGUAAGCAGCUUAAAUACCAACUGGCUACGCCGUGAUUAGAAGUCACUGUUCUGACAUAAACAGCAGAAGCCUGUUUGAAGCCAGGCUGUUUCUUACAGGCACCCCCUUUUUACUAGAAUGCUUGCAGAAUUUGGUAGUACAGUCUGCACAGAGAACAAGAGAAAGAUGUUAACUGUGGCUGAGUUGCCUGCAGAUUGUAAUUAAGGUGUGUUAGCUGGCCUUAUUUAAAAAAGAAUAAACAACUUGUUACAGGUAGCAUUUUGCUUCUAUAGUUAAAAUUGUGUUGUCAUCCUGGCUCUUCUCCUGGGUGGAGUUACAAGGAGAACUGCUUGUUUGAUGAACAUACAAGUCUUUAUUUGUGCUUCUGUGCUUGGAACACCUCAGAGUCUGGAAGGCUGUGACUUCUGAAAGACGUGAGAGUAAAUCAUUUUGUCUAGUUCUUAACGUCUAGUUGCUGAGCACUGUGCUUUUUUAAUGUCCAAUACGUCUUGAAUCUUGGCAAACAGCAGUUUGUAACUUGGAAUUCAUAAUUUGGUGUUACUGGUGCACAUUUAACUCCUUCACUGUUGUAAUGACCGCAAUAGCCCUUUUAAGCAGGAAGACAGCUCUGAUUUGCCCAAAGCACGUGAGAAGUACUCAGUGAUGUGUUGUAAUGCACCCGUUUGAAGAAUCUGUUGCAUAAACAGAAGGCAGGUAAUUCCAUCUGCCUCCUCCGGAAGAAAUCUCUACUAAAAAUGUUAAUGCAGCAGUUAACGAGCAGAGCGAUGUGGUAUAAACAGCAGCAGCUCAGUAACCUGAUUUCUGACAGCAGCAACAGAAUCGGCACUCAGGUACAGCAUUGGCACGGUGUGUGCAAAGCCACUCCUGUAGGAAAAGGGGUUCCUCCUCAGGAGAGUGAAUAACUUGCUAAUUAAGCACAUUAGAUUAUUAGUAAUAGUUAACUGUGCUUAUGUGCCUCUCCUGUGAAUUUCAAAGAAUAAAAAGAAGAAUACUUCUAUGGACUCACUUAGUUCUGUUGUAGUGCCUUGGCUCAAGCUUGCCCGUUGUCAUCUUAAGUGAGAGCCUCUUCUCUUGUUAUGAAUAAGUAGAAUUCCUGGUGAGGUGCUCAGGCUGGAUACAAGUGUAUUGGAAAACCAGAUGCUUAGCUUGAGCAGAAAGAUUAUCAACCUUCUUAUUUGGUUCUCUGCUCUGUGUUGGUCCUGUUGCUUUAUAGGGACAUGUGCCCUUUAUAUGGUAUGAAAUCUGCUCACUUGGCAUUCUCCUAUUGGAGAAAAAAAAAACACAACAGAAAUACCAUUCCAAGAGCAGCAGCAGUAGCUCAGCCUGGUUUCUUGGGAAAUUGUCUUGAAUCUCUGCCUUUCCUCCUCUGCCUGCUCUGCACCCUGCCUGCUCCCGGCCCCCUCUGCAGUGCCUAGGCCCUGCCCUCUAGUGUCACGUAUCCCUUUUAUUUGCUCAACUGUUUCCAACAGCUCUGCAGCAGUUGGCAUCUUUCUGUGAUCCCUUGUCACCGUUUGGUCAAGAAGCACAGUGUGCAGGCUGGUUUGGGGUUGGUUAGCCUGCCAGUGGGCUGGAUGGAAAAGCGGCGUCUGAGCUCUGUGCAGCCAUUUCCUAUCAGGGGGCAUGCAGCCUGGCUGUUCUACCUGUCCAGCAGUUCUGGGGAAAUGUUUUGGUAUCCACGUGGCAUGGAGACCUCCCCUAAGCUCCAAAACUUAGCCUAAAUUGGCCGUUGGCUGUGACGGCUUUGGAGCAAGACUUAGGGAAGACGAGGAGCUGAGCACAGCUGUCCGAGCCAGUGCAGGAACUGUGAUUUGUUACUGUCCUGCGGUAGCUGUGAUCAGUUCUGUCUUCACUGGGGCACUUCCUCCUCACCUUCUAGAUGGGGCCCAUGAAGUUUUUGUUCUUAGUCUGAAUGGGCUGGGCUAGUGUGAGAACUUAAGAUUUAGAUGAAGAAGAGGGAAGGAAGAAAUCCCUGUUGCCUGUCUAAACGUGUCUGUAAAAGCUGAGAGUUCAUUGGAUUCCUUCUUAACCCAGUCAAUAUAUCUGUGUUGAUCCAAGUCUUUAUCAAACAGUCCUACAACUGGUACAAAUUCAAGCUGGUUUGAGAUGUAACACUGAGAAUGAAAACACAAACAGUAGCGUCCUGAAAUGCCUGUUAUCAAGCUUUCAACUCGGCUCAGUUGUUAAACUCGCCCUGCCCGCUGUGUAUUCUAGCAGUACCAGGACAGGAGUAUCCAUUUUGUUCUUGUUAGCGUGUGUGAUGUUUAGUAGGAACGUUUGACAGGUAAUGACAGGUACUGUCCUGCAUCAGCUGAAUCAAUACUGGAUGGAUCCGGGUUUAAGAGGAGCAAUGCAACCCCAACAAACACAUCUGCUCUUUGAGCCACUUCCCUGUUAUCACCCUUUGUGCUGUCACCAAAUUGUUCUCUGUGGGGUGUCUUUAACUCCUCCUGUCCUGUGCCAGGAAAGAAAAGAGACUUUUUCGUUGCUUCUCCCCCACCGCCAGUCUGUGCAAUGCCUCCUGUUGGAACCUCUGACUGUCUCUUCUUAUCUUUGCUAAAAAUCAAGUUCCUCCUCUGCAGCAUAUCAAGCAUCUGCUUAUCCUUUCUUUCAAAAGACCAAACAGCUCAUCUGUUCUUCAUUCGUAUUCCCUUUUGACUAUUCAAAUUGUGUUAUGGGUACAGGAUUGUCAAAGAGAAUCUGCUCACAAGAUCACUUGAUCAUGAGAGCAGCAUGCCUUGCCUCUGCAGUUUCUGUAAUGCUCUCCCUCUGAUGCUAUAUAUGGUGCAGCACUGAAUUAAAUGAGAAACAUUGAGCCAUUUUGAUCAUGUGAUUUACAGAGUGAUCAAAUGUGGUUUCACAUGGGUUUUCUUGUUGGUGCUUUUUGGGAUGUGUGUUCUGAUGUUUGUCUCCAGUGAGUGGAAUUCUUAUUUAGAGAUGGGGGUAAUAAUUCAGCUGGAAUUAGGCAAGCUACCGCUGCAGAGAGAAGGAAACAUAAUUUAGAUUAAAUGUGAAGUUACCUUGAAUGGAACAAACAUGAUUUGUUUGAAGUGAACUAAGACAGAGUUACUUUAUAAGCUGAUUUACAAUUGUCUGUGUUAAAUUCAAAACUGCCAUUAAAUGCCUCAGCCGCAGUCUCUUCUUAGCACGCAUGUGGGGAACCCAUUACUGUGCUGUUCUUCUUGACAAGCAGUCACUGCUUUUAUGUCUGUCAAAUGUGGAUUAAAAGAGGAGCGAAGUGUAUAUCCACAAUGCUGAAAUGGAUGGUACCUGGCAGAACUUGGUUUCUGUUCUGAUCUGAAAAAUCUGGUCAGUAACAUGGAAUUUUGGAGGAGGGGUUCAUUUGUUUUUUAAUAAUACCUGGAAAAGGCUGCAAGUUGAGCGUAGGCUUUCUGUAGAGAUCUUGUGCGUGUAUAUUUUUCUCAUUUUAACGCACUACUUAAAUGUCAUGGUUUUCUCUUCUUCAAUAUUAAAAUUUUAGAAAAGCUCGAGUUCAGCCUAUUGACUGCACAGAGGGAUAUUGCUGGCUGUGUUACGGGAUGGGUGUCUGCUGGAGUCACGCAGUGACUGGGGCAUAGGAUAGGCUUGAACAUUUUAAAUAAUUCAUAAUUCAGGCAUUUAACAAAAAGCAAAAGCCAAUUGAGUCUAUUGGUUUUCUUCUCUCUUUUGUUUGGCUUUUUCUGUUGACGUUCUCAAACUUGGAAUGAUCCUCUGUUUCACCCACCCAUCUUCCCAAACGUGCAGAGCCACUGGAAAGACUACUUUGCCAAGAAGCUGUUGAGAGAGGGAAAGGCAUGACUGCAAGCAGAAAAUGAGGUCUGGGAGAGCUGUGGGGCAUGUGCAGGGCGUAAGCUGUGAGCAGCUGUGCCUCAGCUCCUACCUGCUGUGCCACGGCGCUCUCCUCUCUGCAUGACUUCUCUCAGUCUUUGGACAAGCAGCUGCACCUCCUGAUCCCAUUCUGGUUCACAUUUUCACUUCUGCUGGGGAAGCCACAGUUUUGAGGGGCUGGGUGUUCUCGUGCUUGGUUAGAACUAACCACUUUUCUGAUCUAAUUAUCUGCAAAUUACAGAGGCAAUAAUUUCUUAUUCUACACAGACAUCACUUCUUACUGAGUCACCACUCUCCAGUACUUCACCUGCAAAUGUAGAUGCUCUUGCAGCUGUGUGUAAUGUGAUGUCCUAGAAGGAUGACAGCAGAAGUCAGUCUUAUUAGUAGGAGUGCUGCAUACAUCAAACUCCUCACUUGCUUCUUGCUAGGCUGCUUGCCAGUCCUGCUGUGUUCCAUCUAGUGCUUUACCCUGGGAGCCCUAAAUGCCUCUCUGAGGCGUAGCAGCAGCACUGCUUCUUCACUUGGCACACACAGUUUUAGAUUCGUGGCAGUGCAGCUGACCUUUCACUGAGCUCUGAGUUGAUGCUUUCCAAGAACACGUGGUGAGAGGUCAGCAGGCAGGUGUUGGUUGCUUUUCCUUUGUUUCCUUUUGGGGUGGUGGGGAGAGAUCAGGAGAUAGAGGUGUGAGGGGCUUCUUUGUUUGUUUUGGUUUGUUUUUGCUUUAAGCUAUAUUUACUGAAGGAGGGCUGUAUGGGCAAUAGAUUUUGUUCUUUUGUAUCUUUGCAUUUCCUCCUGACUUUUGAGUACUUUCAAACUGUAGUAUGGAUCUUUUUGGAGUGUCCAAAAAUCUCUCUGUGGUAGCUUUGGUAGUCUUUGUUCUGACAUUUGUUUUGUUCGUGUUCCUAGGUGGCUUAACAGUCAAAUAAGAUCUGCUGGGGGGGGGGGGGAGGAAAAAGAAACAAGUCUGGUCCCCAAGCCAAAACUUUCUGUCCUGUUAUCCUGGAUGUUUUCUCCUCUGCAGCAUUUGGUUCUUCUGUUGUAUUUCUGUGAGCAUUGCUGUUUUUCUUUCUUUUUUUUUUUCAAGGAAAUGUAAGGAAGAAGCUGCAGUCAAGGUUUAUCUCAAAAUUAAACCUUCCUUAGGAUGAAGUGAGAGUGACAUUUUGUUUUGCCAGAACGAGCAGCAAAGCCUCCAGCAUUAAAAGAUGACAGCAUUUGUUAUCAACCAACUUGAUGAGCCACACAUGGACAGAAUCUCAAAAUCACCAUUUACUAUUUCUUCAACUGCAGAAAAAGUUGUGUACCUUGUGAUUUUCCAUCUGUCAUUUGUCAUGUUUGUAUGGUCCUAUGGGAAGACAAUUUUCACAUCUCCUGCAUCCCCCUCCAAUGAGUUCUGCUUGUCAAAAGCUGAUAAAGAACAAUACGAAAAAGAAGAGAGACCAGAGUCCCAGCAGGAGAUUUUGAGAAGAGCUGCUAAAGACUUGCCUAUCUAUACGACAACAGCAUCAAGAGCCAUCAGAUACUGUGAUCGAUGCCAGCUAAUCAAACCUGACCGCUGCCACCACUGUUCUGCAUGUGACAUAUGUGUACUAAAAAUGGACCACCACUGUCCAUGGGUGAAUAAUUGUGUGGGAUUUUCUAACUACAAAUUCUUCCUCCUGUUUUUAAUGUAUUCCUUACUGUACUGUCUGUUUGUUGCUGCUACAGUCUUGCAGUACUUCAUAAAGUUUUGGACACUUUGCCGCAGGAAAGCUGCAGAGAAUUGUCCAAAGAAUGAAUUGCCAGAUACCCAUGCAAAAUUCCACGUACUCUUCCUUUUCUUUGUGGCAGCCAUGUUCUUCAUCAGCAUACUGUCACUCUUCAGCUACCACUGCUGGCUAGUUGGCAAAAACAGAUCAACAAUAGAAACAUUCCGUGCACCCACAUUUCGAAAUGGCCCUGACAAAAACGGCUUUUCUCUUGGAUGCAGCAAAAACCUGAGGGAGGUUUUUGGAGAUGAAAAGAAGUAUUGGCUGCUCCCUAUUUUUACCAGUUUGGGCGAUGGGUGUAAUUUUCCAACUCGUUUGGUGAUUAUGGAUCCGGAGCAAGUAACUGUCUCAAGCCAAAAUGAACCUGCCAAAAGCUCUGGAGCCAAUCAGCCCUUUCCUCCUACUCGACCACUCAGUGAAUCACAAAAUCGAUUGCUAGCCAGUGACAGUCAGUGGGUAGAAAGUGGCCCUGAAGAUGAAAAUGUUAAAUCAGGUACAAAAAAGCAUAUUAUAGUUUCAUUGGAAAGCUGAUCUCAGCUUAUUACUAACCAACCAUCUCAAUGAGAAACAGGUUUCUGCAACGCAUUUUGUGCUUGAAUGUUACUUAAUUUUGUUUGGAAGAAGUUGAUCAGUAAAAAAUGGAACAUGAGCAUUUUAUGAGGAGACAAGAAAACGAAGUUUCUGCACAGUCCAAUGGAUUCUUGUAAGCACUAUUUGCAGAGCAGGGAAGUUCAGACAGAUGCCUUAAGAUUCUUCAUGUGCAUUUAUGCAGCACUGAAUUAUAUACUGCUACCAAAGGGCCAAAUCCUGAAGUGCCCUGCUUGGAUGCACAAGGUCCAGAGUGGGAACUAUGCAUUUCUGUUAUGCUGCAGUGGCAGGGAGUAGAUCUGCAAAGACUGCUACCUCCCCACGGGCGAACUUCAUACCUUAGGCACUCCAGAAGUCACUUCCAUAGCAGGUGUCAAGGGUACAGAAAGAAGAAGAAGAAAAAAGGGUGGAGGAAGAAUCAACCUACAGCUCAGCUGAUGAGCCUGAAGUACAGCUGUUCACAGUUCAUACACCAGGUGGUGGAAAAGGAAAGUACUGGAUGACAUGUUCAUGGUCAUAGCUAUGUAAGUCUUUCAGGACUGAGGAUUCCUUCGGCUGACUGUGCUAUGGAACAAAGCAAUGCCAACAAAGUAAAAGCCUUUUACUUGGUGUUGGUUUUUUGCUAGCGAAUUGAACCCUCUCAUCCUUCUAACUUGACCAUUUAACCAUAUCAAGAACAUAGCUCAAAGAAGUGAACUCUCUUUUAGUUGAUAAAAAACGUGGUUUCUUUCUUCUCAACAAUUUCAUGUCAGCAGAAGAAGAAAAUCCAAUUAAAAAAAGGAAUUAACAAACUGUUACAUUUUCUGUUAAUGUUUGCAGUGUUCUUUAUGAAGCAGUAACAAAAUGGCAAUGUACCCCUGAGAAAAAUCUUAGUGCAGUCACAUGUCGUUAGAAAAUGGAACUGGAAGAGUACUGCUUUUUAUAUGGGACUCUUGAUGGUUUAUAAAUAAUGUUUUAUACUUUUGUUUUAUCUUUUUAAUAAAACCACAAGUUUUUAUUGGUUCUGAAGUACCAUUUAAACAAAUUUCAAGUACUUAUGAGAAAGUUAGUGUUGGAUCAUGCACUUGUGUUAACACCAAAACUCUGUAUGCUGUCUGCUUUGUCUGCCACUUUGAAGUUGAUUUUAAGUGAUGCUGAACUGCUAAAGAUGAGUGCUUUGUGCAGUGAUGUACCAUGUUCACAAAAGGCAAAACAUGUUUCCUGUGUUGAGGAAUAAAGUCCAACUAAGCUCAA